GCCUCUCAAACCCAUCAUUCAACUCUAAUUCGUCUCCCAUAGCAUAUGUCUCAGAGACCAAACGUUCCUCACUUUUCUUCCAUAGCCUUCGGCCUCCAUUCUCAUCUCCUGGUUUCCAGUGAGAUGAACUCUACUUCCAAUUGGUCUUCUUGAAAGAAAGAUUUGUUUUUUUUUUUUGUUUUCUUGAUUUAUUGGUUCUCGAAUUCCUUCGAAAUUUUUGAUUUCAGAUCUUGAAUCUUUGUUUGUUCUGGUUGUUCGAUAUGGGUUUGAAGGGAUUUGCUGAGGGAGGGAUUGCUUCCAUUGUUGCCGGGUGUUCUACCCACCCGUUGGAUCUUAUAAAGGUGAGAAUGCAGCUCCAGGGGGAAUCUGCGCCGGCGGUUCAGACGCUGAGGCCGGCGCUUGCUUUUCACACCACCGCUGCCCACACCGGUCAAAUUCAUAUUCCUCCGCCGCCGCGAGUGGGGCCCAUUACGGUGGGUGUGAGGAUCGUGCAACAGGAAGGCGUCGCCGCGCUGUUUUCCGGCGUGUCCGCCACCGUCCUCCGACAGACGCUCUAUUCCACCACCCGGAUGGGGCUGUACGACAUGAUGAAGCAGAAGUGGAGUGACCCGAAAACGAAUAACAUGCCGCUGGCUAAGAAAAUCGGGGCCGGGCUUAUCGCCGGCGGGAUCGGCGCCGCCGUGGGGAACCCGGCGGACGUGGCGAUGGUACGGAUGCAAGCCGACGGCCGUCUCCCGGCGGCCCAGCGGCGCAACUACAAGAGCGUGGUGGACGCCAUAACCCAAAUGGCCAAAAACGAGGGCGUCACCAGCCUGUGGCGCGGCUCCUCCCUCACCGUCAACCGCGCAAUGCUCGUCACGGCGAGCCAGCUGGCAUCCUACGACCAGUUCAAGGAAACGAUCCUCGAAAAGGGAAUCAUGAAGGACGGGCUCGGGACCCACGUGACGGCGAGCUUCGCCGCCGGGUUCGUGGCGGCCGUGGCAUCGAAUCCGGUGGACGUGCUGAAGACGAGGAUGAUGAACAUGAAGGUGGAGCCGGGAAUGGCGCCGCCGUACGCCGGCGCCCUUGAUUGUGCCAUGAAGACGAUCAAAGCUGAGGGCCCCAUGGCCCUUUACAAGGGCUUCAUCCCCACCAUUUCUCGCCAGGGACCCUUCACUGUGGUGCUCUUUGUGACAUUGGAACAAGUCCGUAAACUUCUCAAGGACUUCUGAUUCCGGUGAUGAUAAUGACGAAGAAGAAGAAGAAAAAGCAAAGAAUAAAGUUAUUAUUAUUAUUUUUUUAGUUUAAUUCUGGUUUUACUAUUCUCUAUUCUUAAGGCGUGUGGAUUUAUGAAAGGAUUAU